AUGAAAGCGCCUCGCCCAUUUCUCCGGAUUGCUGCCGAGACUUGGGUGCCAUACACUAGGGUCUUCACCAGUCCUGACGGUCGCCUUGGAGUCGACGGUCCAAUAGGCAACCUGGUUCACCUCAUUUCUAAAAUUAUUGGUUUUGAUUUCGAAGUGGUCCGACCUAAUGAUGGCCUGUGGGGAAACCAGCUGCCUAACGGAUCUUGGUCAGGGAUGAUGGGUAUGAUAGACAGGAGGGAGGUGGAGCUGGCCGUGGGUCCGUUCACCAUCACGCCAGAGAGGGAGACUGUGUGUGACUUCUCGGCGGUGGUUCACACUGACGACUUUGCCAUCAUGGUGAUCAGACCGGGACUCACCAAUGACAUGAGCAGCUUCCUCCGAACCUUCACUCCCUUGGUAUGGCUGCUGAUUCUGUGUAGUUUCGUAGGCGUGAUAGUGGCCUUGGCUGGUGUGGUGUGGGCUGAGGACAAGGUGUUUGCCUUAUGCAUCAACAAACUCCUGGACAAAGUGGCUCUCAGCGUCAUCCAAAUUAUCACACAACAGGGGACUAAUUGGGUGCCGACAGCGGACGGAGGCCGCUUUGUAGUGAUAACGUGGAUACUAUCAUCCUUUGUGUUCAUGUCCUCCUUCAGUGGCAUCCUCACGGCCAUGCUGACGGUGCCUCGGGUCACCAUCCCCAUAGACUCCCUGGCGGACCUGGUGGCUCAGACUCACCUGCCCUGGCGAGUGGAGGCCGGCUCCUUCAUCAACAAAUUUUUAAUGGAGUCUGGAGAUCCUGUACGACAGAAAGUUGUAAGCAGGAUGGCCGGCUUUAUUCCGGACUGCUGGACAGCUCGUCAGGCCGUCGCUAACGGGGAAUAUGCUGCUGUCUGUGACGAAACCUCCAUGAAGAAAUCUAUGUCCUGGGACUAUAGCACAACUGGGAAGUGUCACUUGUACAUCGCGCGUCAGAAGGUGUAUUCAAACGCCAUGAUGGCAGUGGCUUUCAAGGUCAAUUCCACCUUCCGCUCCAAAGCCGACGAAAUUAUCAUGAUGGUGAAGGAGGCUGGGCUGCUGGAGCGGUGGAUGGGUACAGAGAUCACCAACACCAGCCAGUGCCUGCGGCCGCCCACCUCAGACAAGAGGGAUACCUUUUCAGCACUCAGUGUGCAAGCUUUUUCAGGCCCUUUCCUCGUCCUGGCUUUCGAUUACCCUUCCCAUGAUGAACAAGACUCCGCCCCUCAUGCUGGCUCAGCUGUGUCUGUAGGAACAACACCAUAUAGAAGAUCAUUGGUGGUUAAGCCACGUGCUUCUUGUUUCUGUCGUUAUCUCGACCUCUCCACUCGCCAAUUGCAGCGAAGAUAUAGUGAAUACAAUAUAUAA